AAGAGGAGGUAUAUCUUAUUACAUCACGGUUCGUACGAUCGUUCACGGAGUCACGACGUUUGCUUUAAAAGAAAUUACUUUUCGACAAUGGCGGUAGCUCCUGGAAUAUGCGAAGCACCUGGAUGUAAAGCAGAGGCGAGCUUACAAUGUCCGACAUGUUUAAAAAUUGGAAUACAGGGUUCAUACUUUUGUAGUCAAGGAUGCUUUAAAGAUAACUGGAACUCACAUAAACUAAUUCACCAACUUGCAAAAGGAGAAAAUGUGAAUAAAAGUUCCGAGUACAAUCCAUGGCCUUCUUAUCAUUACACUGGAAAGUUACGUCCUUUCAAAAGAGAGACACGUCGUGAAGUACCAGAAUGUAUAGGCCGUCCAGAUUAUGCUCAACAUCCAACUGGAAUUCCUAUUAGCGAACAAGCAGUGAGAGGUUCUGCCCAAAUUAAAAUCCUUAACGAUGAAGAGAUUGAAGGAAUGCGCAUUGCAUGCAAGCUCGGUCGAGAAGUCUUAGAUGAGGCUGCAAAAACAUGUGGCGUGGGUGUUACAACAGCAGAAAUUGACAGGGCUGUUCAUGAGGCUUGUAUAGAACGGGAUUGUUAUCCUUCUCCAUUAAACUAUUAUCAGUUUCCUGCUAGUUGUUGCACAUCGGUUAAUGAAGUAAUUUGCCAUGGUAUACCUGAUACAAGGCCAUUGGAAGAUGGAGAUAUUUGUAAUGUUGAUGUCACUGUAUAUCAUAAUGGUUUUCAUGGUGAUCUGAAUGAAACUUUUCUAGUUGGGAAUGUUAAGCCAGAAGUAAAAAAGUUAGUGGAAGUAACGUACGAAUGUUUAUCAAAAGCUAUUGAGAUUGUACGUCCUGGAGAAAAAUACAGAGACAUUGGUAAUGUUAUACAGAAACAUGCACAGGCACAUGGUUUCAGUGUAGUACGCAGUUAUUGUGGACAUGGUAUACAUCGUCUUUUCCAUACUGCACCGAAUGUACCACAUUAUGCCAAAAAUAAAGCAGUAGGGGUUAUGAAGCCUGGUCAUUGUUUCACGAUAGAGCCAAUGAUAUCUCAAGGUACAUGGAGAGAUGAAAUGUGGCCUGAUAAUUGGACAGCAGUUACAGCAGAUGGACAAUGGUCAGCACAAUUCGAACAUACUCUUUUAGUCACAGAAAAGGGUUGUGAUAUUCUAACAAAACGUUUGACAAAUAAUGGUAAACCAUGGUUCAUGGAUCAAUCGUAGUACAGUUUGUUGUAAAAAUGACAAAUUGCAUGACGUCAUCAGGAUGUGCGUAUUUUAUUUUUAUCAGUUAAAAUUAAGAUCUUUUUUUCUUUUUUUUUUUCUGUGUUUGUUUUAUUGAUUGAAAAAAAAAUUUUUUCUAAAAUGAAAGUGAUUAACCCGGCUAAAGAAGCCAAUGGAAAUGGCCUUGUCCAACAACGUUUCUUUAAUCUUUCUUUUUUUUUUUUU